AUGGCGAUGACGCCUACCUACACGCGGGACGAGUCUCGCGAUCGCAGCGAAGGACGCAUGGUCAAGCACUCACACUCGUAUUCUGAGUGCAAUGGCCGAACAGCGAUACCCAUGUGGGAUAGCUCAGACCCAGAUAGAGCUCCUCCGCCACUUCCUUUGAACCCAUCACUCACCAAUAGUCCUAUCACGAGACCUAAUGUCUCCUCUAAUAUCGAGAAAGCGGCGGCUUUGAUAGCGUCGAGAGCUUUGGAGAGUGCUCCCAGCGCAUAUACUAGCAAUCCUCCACCUUCACCCAGCAAAGGCACAGGUCGACCCCAACACCGCCGCAUGCAGAGUGUGCAGAUAACAGGAGAUCCAGGUCGCUUAAGUGAUUCGUUACAGAGAAGGUCGCCAGACAAAGGAUUCAGAAAUUCGAGACUGAUCGAACAGGAAGACUUCACGCGAACUCCUGAUCAAAGCCCUACACGAGCUAGCACAGAAACUCCAACUCCUCUGAGUAAGACGAAUCGAUCGAACGACGAGAACACACCACCAGCAUCAAACAUGUUAGCACUGCAGGCCGUGCGAAACCGACAAGAGGAGGACCCGCCUCUCUCGGAUGUCACCAAUAGUGCUUUGCGACAGUCUCCACCGUCUUUUGAUAUUCUAUCUUCUCAGAUCUUGAACAUUACAAACAUCGCAACGAGCCUUCAACGUGAGAUGUCUUCCUUGACCAAGCGAAGCAAAGACAACGCUGGGGAUUUGUCUAGGCUGCAGGAAGCCACAAACCAAAGAGAUGAGGAUAUUCGGAAGACAUUGAGAGAUCUGGUCGUUGGACUUGACCAUAAAUUCGGCAAUAUAGACUCUCGGUUACUGGGUGCUCCUGAUGCAUUAUUCCUUGACGAGCGAGAACAUGCGACUCCUUCUCGAAAGAGCUUCACCUUGCCCAGAAUAGCUAGUCCAGCAAGCUUUCUCGAGCGUGAGCUUUCCGCUUCACCGUCGGUAGUAUCUGUCGAUGGGGCAGCCAGCAUUGCCAUGCUCGAGAAAGUCCUUCGGGAAAUGGCCACCCGAGAUGGACAAGACAAGCUCAUGAGUACGCUCGAGAAAGUCAAAUCAGAGGCGGCUGUGUCGCAACACACCACCAUGGCCAGCAGCACUGCCAGCUAUGACCCUACGAUGGCACAAAAGCUGGAAGAAAUUUUGGUUUUCAUGAAAGAUAUGAAGGCUGAUUCGGGCUCCAAAGCUUUAGUACGAGCACCUAGCAUAAAUACCGACAGAGCUGCCUCACAGCUUGAUCUCUAUCUUGACGCAGACCACAAGAGUGCUAAGGGCACUUCUUCGGAGCUGGUGAACGACGAGGUUUUCAAGAUCUUGCGAUCUGUGAAGCAAUCGCUCUCCCAGCAAGGAGGAUUAACAAAUGAAGUCAAGGCCCUGGUACGUGAGCUACGAGGUGAAGUACUUGGAAUGGGCAGAGAAAUCGCGAAAAAGCUUGACCAAACAACCUCCUCUUCGAAAGAGAUCGUCCCAGUCAGUGGACCUGGGCAAGAGGAAGUGAUCCAGAUUGUCGAACAAGGGUUGAUCGAACUAAAGGAGCACAUGCAUGCGAUCGUGAAGAACAGCGACAUGCAACUGGCGAAAAGCCACACACAGGUCGAUACAACCGCUGUUAUUGCAGCCGUCUCACAAGCCAUUGCACAACAUCAGCCCCAGGAAGCAACUCGCGAUAUUGACGCCGAGCGGGAGCAGUUGCUGGUGGUCAUCAAAGAGGCAUGGGAGGAUUGCAAGCCUGAAAUUGCACUUGAGCAUUUCGGCCUUGAAAGAGAUGAGAUUCUUGAUACACUGAAAGAAGGACUACAAUCGUACCAACCACAGCAUCUGCCGGCCCACGCUGCUGGAGCGACAUAUGAGCAAGUCAUUGAAGCUGUUCAGGCGGGCCUAGCAGACUUCCAACCUCCACAAAUUCAGCAUCCACCAAGCAUCACCAGAGAGGACAUAUAUGCAGCUGUUCAGGAAUGUCUCGAAAAUUUUCAGUUUAAAAUACCCGCACCAGUAUCGAACGCACCUGAUUUUACGACAGAAAUGACACGAGAACUUGUGCUCGGUGCCAUCGAUGAAGGCAUGUCCAAGCAUUCCGCAAUUCCCGGAGAACACUCAAACAUUGGUAGAGAUGACAUACUGAAUGCCGUUAGAGAUGGCCUCGUAAGUCAUCAGCCCAGUGUAGCGAAGGAGAUCGAGUUCAACCGAGACGACCUCUUUGAUGCCAUCAAAGCCUGCUUGGAAGGAGAGCAAAAUCCUUUGGGCGGCAUGGGAGAGCGUGUCGUCGAAGCUAUGCACGAGUUUCUCUCUAGCAUGAAGACUGAAUUUCAGCAAUAUUCUGCAGCAAAUGGUCGUGAUACUGAGCAGGUAUUGGAUGCGGUAAAGGAUGGUCUGGAAGACCUGCGAGGCGACAUCGAAAGCUAUGUUGACCGUGCGGCGGAUGUGACAGGUAAAGAUGAAAUCAUUGAUGCCGUCAAGGCUGGCUUCGCGGCUAUGCAAGUAGACAUGGAUAAAGGUUUCCAAAGAAGCAGUCAGGCAGCCAGUACCCCAGAACUGCUGGAUGCCAUGGAGAAAGAGUUCGAGCACCUUCGCGAGACGAUUCGCAAGUCACUGUCUCAAGCAGAUAGCACUGCCGACAAGAGCGAGAUCCUGGAUGCGAUUCGUGAUAUUUCCGAGGAUCGAGGUUCAACUUUGAGCAGCAGUGGCGAAGACAUUGCUCGCCUUGUGAAAGAAGAGCUUGAACAUAUGCGGACGACUCUUGCCAGCACGCUCUUGAAGGACACGUCUGGGCCUGACCGCGACGAAAUUCUCGAUAUCAUUCGAGAGGGUCUCGAAUCGAAUCGCAGUGCCCCUAAAGACGGCAGUGAAAGCAUUCUGUCCAAUACCAGUGAAUUGCUCGAUGCAUUUCAGGACGGCGUUGAUGCGCUUCGAGCAGAUAUGCAAAAAUUGGUAGACAAGUCUACUGAAGCCAAUGCAAGUCAAGACCUCCUCAACAACCUCAAUGCUGGCAUUGAGAACAUUCGCAAUGACAUUGAACAGCUCAAGAACAAACAGGACGACACAGCAGAUGCAGGCACCGCUCGGGGACAAGAAGUCACGCUUCACGAUGAGAACGGCAUCAACGCGCAGAUUGAUGCACUCAAAGUCAUGAUCACUCAGCUUGGAAUCAAAGUUGAAGCCAUGGAGAUGCCAGCUGCGGACGUAACGAUACCAUCGGAAAUGCGUGUACAUCCUGACGAUCUUGGUAGCCUCCAUGCAGCAAUGGAGCAUCACGCUCGAAGAGACGACCUUGAUGGCGUACACGCCGCUAUCAGAGAGAUACAGGACUCCAUCAGUGGUCUCCCACGCGAGAUGCCAGAAAUUACAAUACCUGAGAUACCGAUGCCCGAGGCCGUUAUGCCGCCCAACGCUGCUUGCAAGGAAGACGUAGAUGCUCUCGAAACACUUUUGCACAACGUGAAAGCCAAGCUGGAUGAGAUGUUCAUGCCAGAUCUUGAGCCGGUUGCUAAGACGAGUCAAAUUGAAGGAGUAGAGGAGAUGCUGAGGAACAUCCAGACCUCAAUUGAUGAUGUUGUGGUCAGAAUGGCAGAACCGCCGCACAAGGAGGACUUUACCAUUAUAGAACUGUCUCUCAAAGAUAUUGCAGCCAAUAUUGAAGGACUCCACGGAAGAUCAAUACAAGACGAAGACGAAACCGUUAGUGAUAGCAAGCUCACACGGACCGACCUACAAGUGCUCGAGUCUUUGUGCCUCGACAUGAAGUCAAAAAUUGACGAACAGCAUAUGCCGCAGGUCGAGGGUCUUGCAACGAAGGAAGAUCUUGCAGAAGUCAGGGAUAGCAUCAAAUCUUUCCGGGAGCAAUUUGACUCAGACAACGACCUGACAGCACAAGCCUUUGAGGCCCGUAAGAUCGAGCACGGCGGUCUUGCCACCAAGAUCGACGACGUCAAGGGACUCGUGGCGGAGAUCAAGGAAGAGUUUAUGAGCAAGCUUAACGGCAACGAAGAAGGGAUUACCGAGCUCAGUCGUGUUCUCGGUAUGCACCAUGAUAAUAUGGAGACAUAUGCCACUGCAGCGAGCAUCAAUGAGCUCACCGAACUGGUAACAAAAGCCUUCGAUGCACAUAUGGAGUCGAAGUCAGCCGGUAACGCCGAGACUGAGGAGCGAGACGCCACCCUCUUCACCAAAGUCGAUGAGAACCACAGCGAGCUACGCACGAAACUCGAGGAAAAGUUCGACGAACUGAUGAUCAAGUACGACGACGCUCAAAUCAUAGCCGAUGCGAAGCUCAGCGCUAUGGAGGAUCGUGACAAGGAUCGUGCCGAAACCAAUGAUACAGUCAAAGGAGUGGUCGAAGAGCUCAAGGGAUUGAUGAACAGCCUUAGUGCCAGUAUUGGUGAGACUUGUGAAAAGUUGACCGAUGACUCCAAAACAGUCUUUGAUGUCGUGGACCAGUCCAAUAACAAACUGGCAGACAUCAGUGAUACUAAUCUGCAUGAGCACAGUUUGACCAGAGAGGAAAUUGCCAAAACCCUCAAUGCCACCUCACGACUGGAAAAUUCUCUGCAGGAACCAAAUCCAGCUAUCCUCGCGGCUAUCAAAGAAGUUUUGGUCAAAGUUAGUCAACACUUCGAACACUCUCAGUCCCAGAGUGAGGUUUUCACCAAGACCACCGAUGAGUUGAGAUCGGAAUUGAAGGAUAUACCUUUGGCCAUUCCAGCUUUACUACCAGCUCUGCCUGCUGUUGAAGCAGAGCCGUCAGUGAUUGCAGAUCCUCCUAUCGUUGAGAAAUACGAUGAUACAGAAGUCCACUCAAAACUUGAUGAGCUUGUUGCACAUUCUGCUCUAGCUAAGGAGGCAUUUGCUACCAUGGAUACUCAUCACGGCAAUACUCUUGAGCGAUUGUCAGGACUUGACAAGCUUGACAGUAUCCAUGAAAAGGUUAGCGACACUGCUGCCGAGAUCAGUGCUAUAGUAGCAACGCAGACUAGAUUGAUGGCAGAGCAUCAUGACUCUAAGGCUGAAGAAGCUCGAGAAGCUGCCAUCGCCCUCGAGAAGCGAACAGCCCAGAAGGAACGAGUUGAGGCAGACAUUGUCAGUCUGACGGACGAGAAGAACGCUCUUCUCGACUCAAUGGCCAUACUCAAACGUGAACAUGAAGAACUUUUCGCGCAAACCAGACGUCUGACGAGAGACGUUGCUAAGCUUGAGACAGCGCUCGCCAUCCGUGGAGAAGAGAUGCGUGACAUGAAUGCUCGAGCUGAAACACUGGAGCGCAGAGUGCUUGAAAGUGUCAUGAACUCUGCUCGUACAGCCAAACUUGCAAGGAGUGGCCCCAGGAAGAAGAUCUCGCCAACUGAUAGAGACACCUCGAUGAAUCUGAAGCGCAUACCGAGCUCAGCAAGUCAGCACACUGCCAGAGCAUCCGCAAAGGCUCCGACGACACUGGGCAGUGCUGUGGGUAUGGCUCUGAAGAAGCGCGCACCUCUUGGAAUCACACAGAACGGUAACGCGGCUGGGCGUCAGUCAGUUGAUCGUCGUAUCCUGAGCACAAGCCAUGUACAGAAUGGCAACUCGAAAGGUCUAAGUCGGGCUAUGGUGCUCGCGCCAUCGAAUACAUCAGGACUGGUCAGUUUGAAACGAAGUCAAUCUGUUAAGAGCAAUCCUAGCACUUAUCUGAGUGGCCGGAAGACAAGCUGGACUGGACUGGAUUCGACGCUUGCUGACAAGGAGAACCACGGACUCGAUGAUGAGAGAUUCGAAGGCGAAUCCGAUGCAGGCACAGAACGACGAACAAGCCUCGGUACAUCUUACAUGUACACUGACAGCUCACUAAGCCGUAACAGUCGUCGCAGCACCAGCUAUGCUAGCAGCAUCAGUGGCACAGUCAACGGUCACGGCCAGGACAGUAUUCUCGAGGAAGAUGAGGAGGACGACGACGAAGAUCGAUUCAUCGACAACCCCGCAUAUCAGGAGGAUGGAUCAAAAGCUGUCAUUCUUGCUGACCCCGAUAUGGCUCGUGUUGAAGACAUGAGCUCCGACGAGGAUUUUGAAGAUGCUGACACGGUUGGAGACCUGCCAACCCAUUCAGACAUUGGUCAACAUGAAGCCAAAUAUAUUGCCCCUAGCGACAGCGGAAUUGGCUCUGAACCGCCAACACCUGACCAGAGUAUGAAAGGCUGGCAGAGCACGAUAUCGACAUAA